AUGCGCAAGAAAGGUGGGUCCCUGGAGGUCCUGUGGGCGGGGCGGGCGGGCGUCGGCGGAGAGCGGGGCGGGGAAGCGAGAAGGCACGCGCAGAAGGUCCCCGCCAAGAAGUGGGACCUGCCGCAGACGCGGGCCCAGGAGCUGGGCUGGUUCAUCUCGCAGCCGGUGCGCGCGGACGCCCUGCGGGCGCGGCGCCUGGCGAAGCGGUACGACCCGAUGCUCACCGCCUCCGCAGGGCCCAGUGGCGGCUUGGUGCUCACCGCCAGCAGCUCCGCCCCGUGCCUGUCCGCCAGCCAGCCGGGCGGGCCGCGCCUCAGCCCGCUGAUGCCGGACUGCGGGCCCGCGCCCGAGAUGUCCGUGCUGAACACGCCGCAGUGGCGCAAACCGCGGGGCCAGUGCGCCAUCACGAAGUACGCGGACAUUUACGUCAAACAAAUGCGUUGCAGCCCUUUCAACCAGUCCCUGGCGGGGCGGUGA